AUGGAUAAAUUAACAAAAAAAGAAAUAAAUAAAUAAAUAAAAACUCAAACAGAAUAAAAAAAAAAAGAAAAAUAAAUAUAUAAAAAGUUAUUCAGUAAAUUAAUUAAAAGAGUUAUUUAGUUAUUAUGUUUUAAAUUCAUUUUUAUAUUCAAAAAUAUCACAAUGCAAAACAAAUAAAUUAUUUUUACCUUAGAUUAAGUGUAAAAUUUGAGAUAUUAGUGCACUUUCCUAAACCAAAACCUAAGCCUUAUGCGCCAGUACUAUAUAUAUUAUUCUAUCUUUUUAAAUAUUGAGAAAAAAUAUUUAGUUAUUAGUUAUUUAGAAGGAAAAUAUGCAGAAAAAUAUUAAUUAAUAAGAAAUGAACUAUUAAUUGAUAAUAAAAGAAAAAAUCUAAAUAAAAGAAUGAGUUAAAUUAACAAAAAAACAAAGAAAGAAAGAAAGAAAGAAAUAACACAAGGAGAAUACAAAAAUAUCACUAUCAAAUAAAAAGCUACUAAUAAAUUAAUUAAAAAAUUAGUUUGUUUUUGUGUUUUAAAUUAAUAUUUAUAUUGA